AGCAGCAAACCAGUACAUGGUUUUCACUUUCCAAGCACAUAAACAGAGACAUAUAAAAACACAAGAUUCAUACCAAGCUGAGAAUAGCCGACUGCAUUGUCGUGCCUAACAGAACACUGUAAAGCUGCACUCUCUCUCUCUCUCUCUCUCUCUCUUCCUCAUCUGCUUUCUGCUCAUAUAUCUCUCAGAACUCCCUUCAGUGUCCUCCAGAUUCCCUCUCUCUCUCUCUCUCUCUCUCUCUCUCUCUCCAUAAAAGGACCUUUGCUUCCCACUCACAAUUCAUUCCCAUCUUCACAUUCUUCCUUUGCCACCUUCUAGUGAUUCUUUAUUCACACUCUUUAAUCUCCUUCUUUCUCCCCACAGAACCAACCAAAAGAGAAGCUCCUUCACAUAUCCCAAAAUGCUAUCAGAUUCUUCCACUGAAACUAGAAGAUUAACCAAACCCCACAACCCUGGAGCUCCGCCCCCAGAACAAGAGCACCUCCCUUGCCCUCGCUGUGACUCCACCAACACCAAGUUUUGUUACUACAACAACUAUAACUUCUCCCAGCCUCGCCACUUCUGUAAGUCUUGCCGCCGUUAUUGGACCCACGGCGGCACCCUCCGCGACAUUCCUGUUGGUGGCGGCACCCGCAAGAAUGCCAAGCGGUCACGUACUGGUGCUACUGCAACUGUGGUAGGUCCUAUCACUGCCACCACAGCUGAUAAUCUCCCUUUACCAACUACUCCUGUAUUGGUGCCCUUCAUGACCAAUCAAGGAACUUCCGUACAGUUUGGCUGUGGUGGUGGAGGCGGCGAUGGGAAGGAUAGCGGGAGUAGCACCACGGCUGCUUCUGCCGUGUGCGGGAGCUUUACAUCUUUGUUGAAUACUCAGGGACCUGGGUUCUUGGCGCUGGGAGGAUUUGGGGUUGGUCUAGGGACUGGGUUUGAGGAGAUGGGCUUUGGGCUUGGGAGAGGAGUGUGGCCUUUUCCUAGUAUGGGAGAUGGUGCCGCUGGUGUUGGCGGCCACGGUGGUGCUGGAGGUGGAAUGGGUAACACGUGGCAGUUUGAGAGUACGGAUAAUGGAUUUGUUGGUGGGGAUUGCUUUCCUUGGCCUGAUCUGGCUAUUUCAACUCCUGGAAAUGGUCUUAAAUGAUACUGUUCUUUGGCCAGUUCUUGUCUUUUCUUCCGGGUUUUGGCCCUUUCCUGGAAAAAAAAGAAAAAAAAAAACCUUAUUGGUUUGAUGGUUUACUUAAUUACUACUUACUAGCAAGUAUUGAGAGGAUAAUUAGGUUUGAAAUUAGAAGAGAAAUGUGACUUUCCCCCUUUUUUUUUUUUCUGUGUCCCAUGUGAUAUUGUUAGUUUUAUGUACCUCUUUUUUGUGUAGUUGACAUGGUACCAUAUUUGGCUACAUAUUCUUCUGAUGAGUACAUUACAUGCCAAUAGAGCACACUAAUCAGGCAUUUGAUC